AUGCCACAUGUUGAAAUUGUCUUUAACCAAUUACAAAAAGUAUGCACCGAUUCUGUUAAGGUCAAAAAUGAUUUAGAGAAUUUUGAAGCAGCAAUUCAAACUAUACGAGAACAAAUGGAUAGCAUUAUUGACGAGAUUGAACGAGUGCAGAGAGAAACUGAUGAACCGCCAAGAAAAAAAGGCAAGUUGAAGAAGGCAGUAAAAAACGGGAAGCGUCGCCCAAAGAUGUCACACCUUUCACUAGAAAAGUUUGAGUGUAACGGGGAAUCUACCUCAGUGGGUGCACGAUGGGAGCGAUGGAAGCGAGCGCUAUUCAUCUACCUCGAAGCGGCUAAUAUUGACAGAGACAUCAAGAAAAGGGCCUCCCUUCUACAUUUCGGCGGGCUAGACCUGCAGGAAGUAUUCUAUAUUCUUUUUGAAAUAGCGAUAUCAAAACUUGAUGCGUACUUUGCACCAAGACAAAGCAAAGUGUUCGAGAGACACACUUUCAGGCUCCUUAAACAAGAACCUGACGAAAAAUUCGAAAAAUUUGUCUUGCGAUUGAGGAAACAAGCCGACAAAUGCCAGUUUGCCGACAGGGAAGGGAACAUUAUUGACCAGAUAACAGAAAAAUGUUUCCUACCUGAACUGAGGAAAAAGAUACUAAAAAUUGGAGAUGACAUUACAUUAGAGCAAGUAAUCACCGAAGCAAAUACCCUUGAAGUUGUUAAUAAACAAUUGGAAGAGUUCAAAAACCCACUUAGAUCAAAUGAGAAUCAAGAAGUAAACAGGAUGGAUAGUAAAUUUAAAAGGAACUUUGAUAAAUCAAGGAAUGUUCAACAUGGAUGCGGUAGAUGUGGUAAUCCUAGACAUGCUGGGAAUGAUGAAAGCUGCCCAGCAAGGGACAAAGAAUGCCUAAAGUGUGGUCUUAAGGGGCAUUUCAGACAAUACUGCCGAACGAAACAGACAUUGAAGCGGAGAGUGGAUAGGGAAUAUAGACAUGAACAAAAGAAAGGUCGUUUUGACAGGGAGAAGAAUGAAGUUAACGAAGUGGGUGACUCUUCUAACAACACAGCCCAUAAGGAGGGAGAAACUGAGUAUGUUUUCCACAUUGAUGACGAUGUGGAAAUUAAGUGCACUAUUGGAGGAGUACAAACUAAGAUGCUGAUUGAUUCGGGCUGCAAGCAGAAUUUGAUUACGGAAAGAACUUGGGAAAAAUUAAAGAAAAACAAAGUUAAUGUGUAUAAUCAACUUCCAAAUCCCGAUGUUACAUUUAUGGCUUAUGGUAGCCCUACACCACUGAAGAUAAAAGGAUCAUUCGAGGCUCAGAUUAAAGUAGGACUAAGAUCCGAAAACUCAACUUUCUAUGUUGUUAUCGAUGGCACUAGAAAUCUUUUAGGGAAAACUUCGGCAAUAGCAUUAGGAGUUUUGAGAAUUGGAUUGGAUGCAGAAGUUAAUCAAGUAGAUUACCAGAUUUUCCCCAAAUUUAAAGAUGUAUCAAUCCACUUGCCAAUCGAUCAUUCAAUCCCACCCGUAUCACAACCUUACAGGAGGAUCCCUAUACCUUUAGAGGCAAAAAUUGAAAACAAAAUUGAAGAACUUAAACAAAGGGAUAUUAUAGAGCCGGUAGUUGGUUCUUCUAAAUGGGUGUCCCCUGUUGUGCCGGUGCUGAAAGAAAAUGGAGAAGUACGUCUUUGUAUUGACAUGCGCCGGGCUAACGAAGCCAUUAUACGUGAAAAUCACCCAUUGCCGACAAUGGACAAGCUGCUGCCUAAAAUGAAAAAUGCGAAGGUAUUUACAAAAUUGGAUAUUAAAGAUGCAUUUCACCAACUUGAAAUAGAUCCGGCUUCAAGACACAUAACCACCUUUAUAACCAGUAAAGGCUUAUUCAGGUACAAGAGACUCAUGUUUGGUAUAUCGUGUGCCCCAGAAAUAUUCCAGAAAACAUUAGAACGCAUGCUUUUAGGAUGUGAAGGUGUGGUAAAUUACAUUGACGACAUUUUGAUAUACGGAAAGGACUCGCUUGAACAUGAUUUGCGAUUAAAAAAAGUAAUAUCUGUUUUAAAUGAAAAUAACGUAGUGAUAAGAAAUGACAAAUGCUGUUUUAGAAUGGAAAAAGUGAGUUUUCUAGGACAUGAGCUGUCAGGAGAAGGGGUAAGACCAUUAAAAAAGUACAUUUCCACAAUAAAAGAAUUUAGAGCACCUAAAACUACCGGAGAGCUACAAAGUUUUCUAGGUCUCGUUAAUUUUGUGAGCAAAUGGAUACCCAACUAUGCCACGGUAACAGAACCUCUUAAAAUCCUACUAAGAAACAAAACAGGAAAUCGAACGGACAUAACCGAAAACUGGGGAUCAGAACAAAAGUCAUGUUUUGAGUCGUUGAAAGAAAUCAUGUCAAAUAUUUCUAGCUUAGGGUAUUAUAAUGUUAGCGAUCGUACGAUUGUCAUAGCAGAUGCUAGUCCUGUGGGUUUGGGCGGAGUUUUAGUUCAAACUAAUUCCAAAGGUGAGCCUAGGAUUAUUGCAUAUGGCCACAAAACUUUGACUGACUGUGAACGCCGCUAUUGCCAGACAGAAAAAGAAGCGCUAGCUCUUGUAUGGGCAGUGGAACAUUUCCACAUAUUCCUUUAUGGUAAAAGAUUUGAACUCAUAACAGACCACAAACCGUUGGAAGUAAUAUUUGGUCCUAAAUCUAAACCAUGUGCGAGGAUAGAGAGAUGGGUUAUGCGCUUACAAUCGUACGACUAUAAAAUAGUUUAUCAACCAGGAAAAACCAAUAUCGCAGAUUCAUUGUCUAGACUAAGCAGAAGUGCGGAGAAAUCCCUGAUAAAACUAGAGGACAAUCACAUUUGCCAAAUUGUAGAGUUUGCCCGACCUCGUGCUGUUUCUCUUAAAGAAAUAAUAGAUAGCUCAAUGGACGAUAGGGAAAUACGGAAUGUGAAAGAGGGUUUAUAUCGGAACAUAUGGAACGAUGACGUGAAGUUGUAUAAAAUCUUUCAAAAUGAACUUUGUUUCCACGAGGGUAUAUUAUUGAGAGGAAUGAGAAUUGUAGUUCCCUCGGCACUCCGUAAAAGAGUUUUGGAUGCAGCUCACGAGGGACAUCCCGGUAUCGUGUCAAUGAAGGCAAGACUUCGCACGAAAGUCUGGUGGCCUAGAUGCGACAAAGAGGCCGAGAAUACGUUUAGAGAUAAAUUACCUAUGGUAAACGAUACAAUGGAGAGGACAGUACAAGACACAGAGGUUAAGGAUAGAGAUCAAGAAAGAAAGCAAAUAGGAAAAGAAAAGGGAGACAUGAAACGGAAGGCUGAAGAGUGUGAUUUAAUACCAGGAGACAAAGUGUAUAUAAAAAAUGUGAAUAAAGAAAAUAAAUUAAGCUUAGACUACAAUCCAGAAACACACACAGUGGAAAACACGAAAGGAGGAGAUAUCAAGUCCGGUCCACUAGAACACAUAUUGUAG